AGGUGCAGGGGCAAGGAGUUGGCAGCAGGACUAGAACCUGGAAGCGCAUCCGGGGAGGAGGUCUUGGGGGGCAGAAGAGGACGUGGGCGUGUCUGGUAUGGGAUGCCAUGGAAAGGAUGGGGCCCUCCUGAGUAGAGUUGUGGGUGGCUCCUUUCAGGAAUCUUCUUCCCGUUUGCUCUUUUAUUUGCCAACGAGAGAAUCCUCAUGGUCUCUGUUCAAGUUCUGGAAACUUUCUCUUUGGGUGGGCUCAAUCACAUACUACUUCAUUGUAGAACCGCCCAGGGCCUUUUCUGAUACUGGGCACAAACGCUGGGGAUAUGUCAGAAAACAGAAAGCCGCUGCUGGGCUUCGUGAGCAAACUUCCCAGUGGGACUGUUCUUGGGAACUCAGGCAAGACUCACUGCCCUUCGUGCAUGGGGCUUUUCAAAGCCCCCAGGCUCUUGCCUUGUUUGCACACGGUUUGCACCACGUGUCUGGAGAAGCUGGAACCCUUCUCAGUAGUGGACAUCCGAGGGGGAGACUCUGACACAAGCUCUGAGGGGUCGAUAUUCCAGGAAUUCAAGCCGCGCAGUCUGCAGCCGCAGAUCGGCAUCCUCUGUCCGGUAUGUGAUGCUCAGGUGGACCUUCCCGUGGGAGGAGUGAAGGCUUUAACCAUAGACCACCUGGCUAUAAAUGACGUGAUGCUGGAGAGUCUGCGUGGAGAAGGCCAGGGCCUGGUGUGUGACCUCUGCAGCGACAGGGAAGUGGAGAAGAGGUGUCAGACCUGCAAAGCCAAUCUUUGCCACUUCUGCUGCCAGGCUCAUAGGCGGCAGAAGAAAACAACUUAUCAUACCAUGGUGGACCUAAAAGACUUGAAAGGCUACAGCCGGAUUGGGAAGCCCAUCCUGUGUCCUGUUCACCCUGCAGAAGAGCUGAGGCUGUUCUGUGAGCUUUGUGACCGGCCUGUGUGCCGGGAUUGCGUGGUGGGGGAGCACCGAGAGCACCCCUAUGAUUUCACCAGCAAUGUCAUCCAUAAGCAUGGGGACUCUGUGCGGGAGCUCCUCAAAGGCACCCAGCCCCACGUGGAGGCCCUGGAGGCAGCCCUGGCUCAGAUCAAAGAGAUGGACAGUGCCCUCCAGGAGCGAGUGGAGGCAGUGGCAGCUGAUGUUCAAACAUUCUCUGAGGGCUACAUCAAGGCCAUUGAGGAGCAUCGGGACAAGCUGCUGAAGCAGCUGGAGGACAUAAGGGUCCAGAAGGAAAAUUCCCUGCAGCUGCAGAAGGCACAGCUGGAACAGCUGCUGGCAGACAUGCGGACUGGAGUGGAGUUCACUGAGCACUUGCUGACUAGCGGUUCGGACUUGGAGAUCCUCAUCACCAAGGGGGUCGUAGUAGAACGGCUCAGGAAGCUGAACAAAGUUGUAUAUAGUGCCCAUCCCACGGUAAAUGAUAAGAUAUGCUUCUCUCAGGAAAAAGCAGGCUGGUGCCGUGGCUAUGAAGUUUAUGGGGCCAUUAAUACCAAAGAGGUCGAUCCAGCCAAAUGUGUCCUUCAAGGAGAAGAUCUCCACAGAGCCCGGGAGAAACAAACAGCCUCUUUCACCCUGCUUUGUAAGGAUGCCACAGGAGAGAGCAUGGGCAGGGGAGGAGACAACGUUCAUGUUGCAGUUGUCCCUAAAGAUAAGAAAGACAGUCCAGUCAAAACUAAGGUCCAGGAUAACAAGGAUGGGACAUACUGUGUUUCCUAUACCCCCAAAGAACCUGGGAUCUAUACCGUGUGGGUCUGCGUCAAAGAGCAGCACGUGCAGGGCUCACCAUUCACUGUGACGGUGAGGAGGAAGCACCGCCCACAUGCAGGCGUGUUUCACUGCUGCACCUUCUGCUCCAGUGGAGGCCAGAAAACAGUUCGCUGUGCCUGUGGAGGCACCAUGCCAGGUGGGUACCUGGGCUGUGGCCAUGGACACAAAGGCCACCCAGGUCGUCCCCACUGGUCAUGCUGUGGGAAGUUUACUGAGAAGUCUGAAUGCACAUGGACAGGUGGACAGAGUGCACCAAGGAGUCUACUUAGGACUGUAGCCCUCUGACAGUUUCCUGGGUAUGUGCUCAGGCUGGUAAAGCUGUGGUCAGCAUGACCUAGAAUUACCAGAGGACCCCAGAGCUUGAUUCAUUUUGAAGAGACUGACUGAUAGAAUUAAAAACAAAGUGCCUUAUCUAACAUUAGAGUUCAAAUGUUUUUUUGUGAGUUACUCACUAAUUGACUUACGGAUGGUUGAGCACGAGACCACCACUGCAUUUCUCUUCAAGGUAGGUUGGCAAUGUUCUCUCUAUACCAUGGGAGGCUCCUUUCUAUUUUGUAUAGGUAUGGAGGUAUCUAUGCCAUUGGAACUUAGAGAUCAUGAGGGGUAGUUUAGUUCCUUACUUUCUGAGAUAUUAGAACCUUUUUAAAUUUUUCCCUGAGCUACAUAUUAUUUAGGUGUUUCCCUCAAGAGAGUAAAAAUUUUCUUUCAUCUUACCCACUUUUUGUUAACACACUUGGUUUACCGGUACAUGUUUUGUGACCAUUAUAAUGUGAUGUUGUUUCGGAAGGCUUCUCUAUGCCACGUUCACCCUCUACCUCCAAAGCCCAGAAUACUACUAUUUGAUCAAAAGCAUACCAGUAGAAAGUUAAUAAAGAAGAGUAAUGUUGACCUAGAACUUCAUACAUUCAUUGCAGUUCUACUCAUGCCUGAUGAUCUAGAUACCUUCAUCUACCUCACAUCUCUUUGUUUUUAUAGAGUAGUCUUUGCUUUUAUCUAUGUACCUAGAAAUAGCUGGAGGCUUUGACUCCUUAGCUGUUAAAGAAUUCUGGGGAGAGGACAUACAGAGCUCUGGUGCCUCAGCCUUGCCAAGAUCUUCACUAUAUAUAUGUUUUGUGUUCUGAAACUUUUGAUUCCUUAUGUAGCAAUAAACUCAGCAUGUAUUAAAUGUAA